UAAAGUGAAAGUGAAUGUAGCCUAAGUUCCGAAAAACUACAUUUUGUAUAGACAGAGCUGCGUUAAACAAAUGGGUGAAAUUUGCCUGUCAUGUAAAAGGUUCUUUAGGUAAGAAAAAAGUAAUCAGCACCUAAAGGAUGAAAAUGAAUAUCAAAAGUCUCAAUAUUAUAUUAAUCUUGUUCAAGUUCGUCAUUAACUCUGAUGAGCGGCUGGUGGUGACGGGUGCAGAUGAGCCUGUCUGUGCACAAGCUGGAGAGGAUGUGACUCUCAGCUGCUCUGUGGACACGCAUGGCAAUGUCAGGAAGCUUCAGGUGGAAUGGAGAAAGACAGACGAUGAUGGUGACAUCUUGGUGCUUCUGUAUGCUGAUGGAGAGAACAGACCAGAGUCACAGGAUGAGAGAUACUCUGGAAGAGCUGAAUUCUACACUGAGGAAAUUCCCAAAGGAAACUUCUCAAUGGAACUGAGGAAAGUCAGGACUGAAGACAUAGGAGAGUUCAGGUGUGAAGUCCACUCAGAUACUGAUUCUGCCAGUACAACUGCCAGGAUAGCAGCACUGGGUUAUUCAGCCCUGCAUUGGUUGAUUGUGUUGCUGUGCAUUGCUGUCACACCUGCAGUCCUACUUACUGGUGGUUUCUCUGUUUGGCAUUAUAUAAGGAAAAGUAAAAGCCGACAGGCUCUGCUGAGUCACUGGUCACAUGUCACAGCUCCACCAAUCAUGGUUUGCGCAGCAUUCAUCCUGUGGGGUGUAACUGAAGGAUCCACAGGAGAGGCUGCCACUUGUACUGUCAUCAGUCUGCUGAGUAUCCUGGUGCUGUUUAAUAUAGAUCCAGAUCGACUACAUACACAUGUAUCAAACAGCGUUAUAUAUCUGGCUCGGACAAUAGGAAGCACCAUCAUCAUCAUGGCUGUAUGCACAGUUCCUGUCACUGAGUUUUUGACAAAAUAUUCUGCAAGCACAGCUGUGAAAUCAACACUAGGAGUCUUUGUAGGUGGAUUAGUAGUUAUGAUGAUCUUAAUGGCUUCUAUGCAAUUUUUCUUUUGGUUUUGGUACAACUUAACACCAGAGAGACAAAAGAAAAUACUAUGGGCUGUAUCUGUAUACCUGAUAAUCAUGGUUUUACUUGCAAUUGGUGUCGGUGUGUGUGUUGCCAAACAUUUCGCUGGAAGAGCAGAAACUAAAGCAUUUUUAAUUGUGUUCAUAGUUCUAUUGAUUGAGUUUUUAAUUCCAAUUGGUGUGUUUGGGAUUUUACUGAUCUGUUACCUAAGGAACCCUGCAAAACAACAAAUGGGACAAUUUUUUAGAUUUUUUCGUUUAUUCCUCAGUUUAAACAUGAUGUUUAACAUGCUGAUCCUUACACUUUAUAUCCAGCUUAUUGCCUGGAUGCAAGCCACAUUUUUACCGGGAUAUAUCGUCCCAAUUACGGUAGCUUCUUUGGGAAUGUGGGCGUGCAUUUUUGCCAUAACGUUUCUGCGGUCAUUUAGACAUUUCUAUCUGGCUCAGAAAAUCCUUUUGGGGGUUUUCUUCAUGCUUCACCUAAUACUGAGUUUCCUGUAUCUAAGUGUGAUUCUGGAAAACCACAAAGGACGUUCUGUAAAGAUCUGUGAGUUUGUGUUCAUCUACAUCCUGACUGUCACAAACAACGGUGACUGGAAUCGGGAUAAGAACCUUGCCAAACCCCGUAAAUAUGUAUAUUUCUCAGGGGCUUUUGGUCUCCCUCUCCUGAAUUCUGUUGCCCUGGCUGUAGCAUUAAAACUCAAAGCAGACACAGGAAAACAGCCACUGGAUCUACGACUGAUUGUCCUGAUUUCUGGGUCUGUCUUCCUCCUUGGCUGGUUUGUUAUACAGAUGUCUGCAUACUAUUUGACAAGAAAAGUAAUAAUAAAAGAAGCGUUCACCCAGAUCAAAGAUCCUGAGCCAGACCAGCCCGAGCUGCAGGAGUGGCUGGAUCUCCUGCUGCAUGCUGACUGGUGCCAGCAACGCAAGCAGGCCAACAGGGAGGAGUGGUCAUGCUACAGGCCCCACUGCCUCACCAUGAGGAAGGUCCUGAAGCACAGGGCCCUCUGCCAGGCCGGCACAUCCUGCCAGGUGAAGCACUGCGCUUCCUCCCGCCGGAUCCUGUCAGACUGGGAGAAUGAGUGCCAAAGAAGAAGCAGCAAUCAGUACCGGGCCUUGUCUGACUACACAGCAGCAGAAGAUGGUGAGGUGUCUUUCCAGCACGGCGAUCUGAUUCUGGAUGUGCAGCAGAUGAACAACGGCUGGAUGCAUGGACAUGUGGAGCGCACAGACGAGUGGGGCAUGCUGCCUGCCAACUUCGUGGAGGCCAUAAUACACGAAGAGAUGGGUUUGGUUGAAAGACACCAAGAUCCUGAGCCAGACCAGCCAUCACCUGACAGUCACAUGAUGGAAGACUUGUCACCUGUUGAUUCCAAUGGACUGAAUACAAAGCAGGGAUCACAUGACAAUGAGGAGACUGUUGCAUUGUCCUCCACUGAUCACAAUGGAUCAAACACAGAGGAGGGAAACAGAGGAACAAGAACUUUGUGAUUCUCAGGGUUCCUGUCAUUUACUCCACUUUGAAUCCUGUAAUACUGUUACCUGGCAGUUUUAAAUAUGUGUUUCAAAUGAAUAUGCAGGAUAGCUUCUAAAACUGCGUGAGUGUUGAAGUAUUUCAUUUAGUGCUAGAAUUGUUAGGAUGUAAGCUGUUCUUUUUUGUUAACGUACUUUAAAACUCAUGCACACUGAAAAGUAAAUAAUACCAAAAAGGUCAUUGCUGUAUGUUACUUGUUUCACAAAAACUAUCGAUGUGAGGCAUCAACACCCGCUGAUCACUAUGAACAAAACCGAGAAUUUAAUGUUUAAUCAGAAGAACAAAUGUUGAUUUAAUAUAACUAUGUAGUUCUUUUGACCAGUUUUGGGCUGGGUAUAGGUAGGGAUAUGGUACUGUUUUUGUGUUAGGAAAGGUAACUUGUAUAUACGGUUUCAGAAAAUGGAUGGAUGGUUUGUACUUGAUUUUUAUGCUUGAGCACUACAAAUUGUUAGAUAAAGUACCCAGACUCUUUGAUGGUGACUCCAGUCCUUACGUCCUUCAGUCCUGGCUUUCACUGACUUAACUUUGUGGUGUCACAAGCAUUCCCUUGUUGUAA